UGGAUAAAGAAAAAGUGGUACAAAUACAACAGGAAACCCUAUGCAGCCAUAAAAAAGAAUGAAAUCUUGUUCUUUGUAGCAACAUAGAUGCAGCUGGAGUGAAUUAACGCAGGAAGAGAAAGCCAAAUAUUGUAUGUUCUCACUUACAAGGAGGAGUUAAACAUCAGUACUCAUGGACAUAAAGAUGGCAACAAUAGACACUGGGGACUACUAGAUGGGGGCCGAAGAGGAGGAAGGGUUGAAAAACUACCUGUUGGAUACUGUGCUCUCUACUUGGCUGAUGAAUGAGCAGGAAGCAGGCAGAUUCCCCCGCUGAGCUCCCCAACAUCCUGCGCUUUCCCCUCUGGCAGCCUUCCUCCUACUAUCACCUCAGCAUCACACAAUAUACCCAUGUGACAAUCCCGCAAACAACAACAAAAAAGGGCACGACCAUAAUAACAUCCCUGACUUCUGUGCUGCACAAUGACAAAGAAUUCCCCAACCCAGAGAUGUUUGACCCUGGCCACUUUCUGGAUAAGAGUGGCAACUUUAAGAAAAGUGACUACUUCAUGCCUUUCUCAGCAGGUAAUAGAUAUUCAUUUCCAUCUGUCCUUCAGUGGACACGAUACCUUUUUGAAAUCAGUUGACUCUUAUGAUGCCACCUCUGAGGUUUGGCUGAAUUGCUUUGCAG